GUAGCUAAAGUUGGUGUCACAAAAAUUAUGAAGAAGUAUUCGAUCAUAAAAGAUGAGGAAGGUGAGAUACGAGUAGUACCAAGCAAUUGGUUGACCGACGAUAAAGAAUCUGUUUAUUGGCCUCCAUACAAGGACUCAGCACGAGUUAAAUCUGCUGCCAUAAACUUGGAGUCAAGAAAUUCCGAUUGGGAACUUUACUCUUGUACUUUUAUCAAGUCAAACGACGAUUAUGUUGAUGCUCAAAAGGAAGCUCGAUUUCCAAAUCUUGACGAUUUAACUGAUGCUAGUGAUGAGGAAAGACUUAAAGCAACUAGAGCGGCUAGAAAUAAAAUAACAGCUUCACCUUCCAAAUUUAUAUCAUCAUUUACAAAAGUUAAACCACCUAAGACAUGGGAAACUAAUAAUUCAGUUGACGGCAGCAAGAGCACAGAAGGAAUAUCUCCUAAGAAAGUCCUCCUUGCUAAAAAUUCAGUGAAAAAUGCGCCCCUUCUGAAAUCUUUACAAGUAGAUUUACAAAGAACCAUCUCGCCGGCUCAAAAAAGCCUGUUCCCAAGAUCAGAAUUUUUAACAGGUGGACCCUCUGGUAAUUCCGUAGUGAAUGAUUCAAGUCAAGAAGAAGAAGAUGGAUCAAAUAACGAAGUGGAGCUGGAAAUUACACUCCCUAUGAUCUUCGAAAUGCAAAAGACAAUGGUAACAAAACUCAACUCCUUGGGCAUCAAAGUAGAUAAUCUGUCAAAAAAAUUACAACGCUGUCAAAAUAUACGCGUUGCAGACAAAGAAAUUGUGGCUUCUCAAGAUAUGAUUGAAAGCAUGUCUAAAAUAUUUCCAAUGACUGAUGAGAUUCCAGAAAGGAGUAUGGAUGGCGUGAACGAAAAAAUACGCACUGACCCAACUUUCAGAAAAGAAUUGAGCUAUACCUUUGGAUUACAAGAUGGCUUCAAUGGAGAUACUUUAUGUGGCUUGUUGAAGAGUGGUCUAGCACAAUUUUUAGCACUCGAAAUAACGAAAGGAAAUCAUCGUGAAAAUCGUGCAAUAGUCCGAUAUUUACCAUGGCUGUUUUCACCUCCAUCAACUGUUAUUCAAGGGUCUCGAGAAUUUACAGACUGCGUGAAUCAUAUCAGAUUAUUAUCUUGGCUACUGCUUGGAUCUUUGGCACAUUCUUUAGCUAUUACCGGAAAUAAAGUGAUCCAAUUAAAUGGAUCGCCUAUUCCUGCAUCACAACCAAUCCCACAAGAAGCUUCAUGCUAUGUUGCAGAUCAUAUUCAAGUUAUUUUUUCUGCUUUUCCUGAUCAUUACAAGUCAUCAAUACAUAAUAUGUCAUCAAUAUUCUAUGCGUUCAAUGUUUGUCAGCUCUGGACUCUAUAUUUAGAAGAAUAUUCAAAAAGAAGUAAUCCGGACAGUGAAUUCCAUAAUGUUACAAUGAACAUCUUAUUAGAAUUUUGGGGAAAAAUUACACCAUAUAUUUUACAGCUUGUCUUGCAUUCCAAAAUGGUUGCAGAUAUUGUCAAUCUACAUUUCUCAAAUAUGUUGGAGGUAUUCUUAGAUUGUGGCUGCCUUAUUUUCCAUAAGUUAUUACCAAUAUGGAAUCUAGUUCUCUCUUCACCAAAUGUUCAGCUCUCUGGACAUUUAUUUAUUCGACUUCAGAGUUAUCGAAACACACCAUUAUUAAUAAGAGAUGAACGAGAAAAUGUUCAAGACAGUAGAAAUAUCUUUCAUUUGUCGCAGUGGCUAAAUAGACUACAAUUCAAAAUGGGACAAAUAGAGAUUCAGUCCUCUAACAUGACUCAAUUCUAUUCUUUUUAGAAAUUUAGAAAUAAACAGAUCUAACUUAAAUAAAAUAUUCAAGUAUUACUUGUCUUUAUAACAUAAUAUUUUAUUCAUAUUUGUUAAUCGAUUAACACCUCAUAUAUGAAUUCACGCGAUCGUAUAUACAAGAUGUCUUAUUUUAACUUGUACAGUAGGGUAAUUCAAAA